AUGUCCGAAUCAAAUGAGAAUACUCCUCUGCUUCCCCAAUAUUCCGUCUUCACUCCGUCCCAGAAACGUCUCCUCAUCCUCACUGCGGCUCUAGCAUCGAGCUUCUCUCCCUUCUCGGCUAAUAUCUACUAUCCCUCGAUCAACUCCAUCGCCCGAGAUCUCCAUGUCUCCAGUUCGCAGAUAAACCUCACCAUCACCACCUACAUGAUUUGCCAAGGCCUUGCCCCGGCCUUUAUGGGCUCCCUAGCCGACCAAGCCGGUCGUCGCCCAGCUUACCUCCUCUGCUUUAUCAUCUACAUCGCCGGUAACAUCGCUCUUGCCCUACAGCACAGCUACCCAGCCUUGCUUAUCCUCCGCGCCGUGCAGAGCUGCGGGAGUAGUGGCACCGUAGCGCUAGCAUCCGCCGUUGCCGCAGAUGUAAUAACUUCUGCCGAACGGGGUAUGUAUAUGGGAAUUGCGUCGUUGGGAAAUAUCCUUGCGCCGUCACUGGGGCCAAUACUGGGUGGUGUGCUGAGUCAGUAUCUGGGAUGGCAGGCGGUGUUCUGGUUUUUGGGGGUUAUGGCGAUGUUGUUUUUUGUGCCACUGGUUGUAUUUUUCCCCGAGACUUGUCGGAGGAUCGUGAGGGAUGGGUCUGUUCAGGCGAGGGGUUGGAACCGGUCGGUUUUCAACUGGUGGAAGGGGCGUGGCCACUCUUUAGGGAAUGAGAGUGAUGGUGAGCUUCGUCGUCCGAAGAUAACAUUUCCGAAUCCGCUUGGUACGCUGCGCCUUCUAUUUCAUCGUCCUACCGGUUUUGUGCUUCUGGCAAAUGGCAUCAUCUAUGCCAGCUACUAUUCCGUCACCGCUGGACUACCGGCACAGUUCCAUGAGAUGUAUGAUCUACAAGACCUUGGUAUUGGUCUAAGCUUCAUUCCAGCUGGAUUAGGCUCGCUGUUCAGCGCUACAGUGAACGGAAUUCUAGUGGACUGGAACUAUCGCCGCAUGAGAAUGAAGAUGGGAUUACCAAUAACCAGGGACCAGAAGCAAGACCACGGUGAAUUCCCAAUCGAGCGGACCAGAUUGCAAAUCGGCUUGCCUAUGAUGCUCGCAGCAGCAGCAACUGUCGGAUCCUACGGCUGGAUUCUCUCCCUACACCCACCACUAGCUAUCAGUCUAACACUGAUCUUCCUCAUAUCACUUUUUAUAACAGCCGCGUACAACGUUCUCAACGUCCUCAUCGUCGACCUGUACUAUACCACGCCCGCGACAGCCAUGGCGGCGAAUAACCUGGUGCGGUGCUUUUUGGGCGCUGCAGCGACGGCGGUAGUGCACCCAUUGAGUAUUCGGUGGGGAAUUGGAUGGACGUAUUCGGCCGUUGGGAUGGCGAUGGUGCUGGCGAUUCCGUUGUUGGGGCUGGUUCAUUCAAGGGGAUUACAGUGGCGGGUUUGUAGAGAAUGA